AUGAGACUUCAAAGCUGUGCAAUCACUAGCAGGCCGAACUUAGCGACUCUACAAGUAUUCGCUGAUGUCUUGCGAUGGAUUGGCUUCUAUAUACAGGAUGAUGUUCGGUUGCUGCACAACCAGCAAGACCACGAACGGCAAUUUAAUGGAAGUCAGGGUGUGGGUAGUGCUCAUUACAAUUCAGUUAAAGCUUUUCUCCUUGAAGAAUUAGUGAAAGAGAAUAGCACACACAGUAAAGCAACUAUUUCAGGGGCUAUCAGCAGAUAUUACGAAACAAAACGGGUGCAAUUUCUUGAUAACCUACCAGAAAGACGAGAAGCGGCAGACAAGAAACAAAGGGACAAAAAGAUGACAUCUGGGAGAAGAAGACUUUUUCUGAGCCGAUUGAAAAUAGCAAAUGAAGCAGAAAAGGAACGUAUACGCGAAGUUGGUGCAUAUGCAAUGAGUGACGAGGAGGACGGGAAAGGUGCCCAAAACGGUUCUUGGAUCGUGCGCUCGGCCGUUUGGAGAAGUCCUGAAUUGAAUAAGAUUAUCUGGGAGACUCAGCUUAGGUUAGAAGAGGAUGCGUCUUCCAGUCAUCCAAAAAACAAGCGAAUCAAUGGCCCUCCCUCAUCUAGAAUUCCUCCACCUCAUCUACCAAACUGGCCACUCAAAGCAAAUUUUCAACCGGGUCGGAAGCAACGCAAUUUAGCUAUAGGCCUACAGCAAGAUGGACGACAUUGUGCUGGUAAAGAAAUAGCGUCGAAAAGAAAAGUAUCCCGGACUAAAAAGGCAUCAUCCGGUUCCCGCAGAAAGAGUGUUCGCAAAGAAACCACGUCGGCACCACCCGAAGUGAGCAAGGACCCACCAACUACCAGCUGUCAGUCAGAGACAGAAAGCCAGCUAGCACGGUGUAUUCAGAGCGAUGAAAGUGACCAGGAUGACGUUGAAGGAAGCAUUGUCGGCGGCGAUGAAGAAUCCUGCUAACUAGUUUUUCAUAUACAGUGUCUAAAAUGUUUUUGUAUCGAGAUCGUUAUAUAUCUACUUACAGUUAACCAUAUAUUUAAUUUAAAACGGAAACCUGAUAGUGUAAUAACAGUAUUUUAUUUA